AACGUGUCCAUCCUGACUAAGGACGAGUUUCUCAGCUCCACAGGCAAGAAAUCGCCGUGGAUUUUGGUUAACAAUCCCGAUGCCAGUAAGAAGGGCCUUAACACGAGCAACAGGAGCGUGAUGAUCUGCAGCUUCAGCUCCAGCGGUGCAAGCAGUACCACCAACAGAUCUGCUGUGCAGAUCCCUGCAGUAAACGCUGCCAGCACCAUUGAGUCAGGAAGAAAAAAAGAAAGCAAAUAUCAGGCCUCACAAAAAAAGCCUCACGAUACUGCAGCAGUCAGUUCUCAAGAAUCAGCAAGAAACGGCACGAGCAGGCAGCAAGGUGCUCAAGGCCAUGCUGCUGCCUGCCGUGUUGGGAGGAUCCAUGAGGAUGAGCACCACGCCAAACAGCUCAGCCGCCGUUCUCCUGGUGGGCCCUCCCCUCUGAGGAAAGCGUCUGCUGCUGUUGUUCCUGUUGACACUGCUACUGCUGCAAGUGGUUCAGUUGCUCCCGAGAAAAUAAGUGUGAAGGUUGGAGGGAAGAGACGGAUGAGAAGGUGGGUGAGUAGGGUUUGGUCGAGCAUAGCUCUGAAUAAGUGGCAUAAUGGCAA